AGACUGACCCUGAGUUGCUGCAACAACAUACGAGGCAUUGAAGUUGCCAUUGUAGAAAAAAUGGAUAUGACUGAGUAUUAGUUAGUUACUUUGAAAGGACCAGAACUCCAUUAGAACAUUGUCUGAUUGUCUUGUAACUGUGAUGAGGUGAUGUUAUGAGUUCCAAAGAGUUGAAUGGUAUUGCCCACCUCCUGUCUCUCUCCUCGAGAUUGCUCCUGAUUUGGACUUUUGUUUUGGAAUCUAGACUUCUAUGUCGUCGUUUAACAAGUUUGUAUCUUUUUGUUUAUUUUGCAAGCCUUGCAAAUCUCUCAGUUACAGAUUGUGGAGGUGAUGAUUUAGAGCUCAAACAGGAAAUGGAGAAGCAGUUUGUGGACCUUGUCACCGAGGAGCUGAAGCUGCAAGAAGCAGUUGCAGAUGAGCAUAGCCGUCACAUGAAUGUUACCCUUGGAGAAGCUAAAAGAGUUGCGUCUCAGUAUCAAAAGGAAGCUGAGAAAUGCAAUGCGGCUACUGAGAUUUGUGAAUCAGCUAGGGAGAGAGCUGAAGCUUUGCUGAUUAAGGAGAGGAAGAUCACUUCUUUGUGGGAGAAGAGAGCUCGCCAAUCAGGUUGGGAAGGUGAAUAAAAAACUGACUGCACUUCCCACGUUUCUCCAUAUAUGUAGUUUAUUGAUUUGCCUUUGGAUCGGAAUGUUAGCUAAAGAAAGGCUUGGCCAUUGUAUUGAUUCUUCUUCAUUAUAUAUACAAAUUGUCCAUUUCACUA